AGAUGGAACCAAACUGCCUGUUUCACCGGAUUUCACUGCGUUCUUUGAUGGCGAAAUUGCCCGAUUAACAAUUAGUCGAAUGAGUGAACAGAAAAGCGGCUUGUUCAAGUGUACAGCAAAGAACGAUUAUGGUGAAGUAGACUGUUCAGCAAUGGUCACAUUUGAGCAUUCUGGUUCGUCAUUUUUUCCAAAAUUUUUACCGUAAUU